AUGAAGUUGGAUUCUAAUAAUAAAAUGAUUAACGGUGAUAGUGGUGACAACCCUGACGAGGUUGUUGAUCCACGACAAAACGCAGAAGAUAUUAUUGACGAGAUUUUAGCAGAGUUUACCGAGUCUAGAUCGCCCGACUCAAUACGGAAUGGAAAUGGAAUUCCAGAGAAUUUGUUCAACAUAAUGCAGCCGCCGAGAACCAGAACACCAGCUAAUUCAUUCUCUGAAAACGCGACUGUAGAUGAUAUAGACCCCUCUUCGGAUCUUGGUACUUCCAUCAGAAACAAGUGUUUAGAACUGGAAGAAAUACUACAAAGCCUAAAAUCGCGGCUAAAUCACGUCGUUCUCGAUGAAAAUAUUGUGCUUAGCCCAGACGCAAACUCUAUGGAGGCGCAGCUCGAACAUGAUUUGGACACAGACUGCCAAGAAGAACUCUCCUUACAAGAAUUCCUCGAAAUCCUUCACUCACAAAACAAAAUAACCACCAGCGGUGUACAGUGA